GGCGGAGGCGGCGCUGCCACGGCCGGACGAGCCCGGCCCCGCCGCGGCCGCAACAGGUGCGCGCGGGAGCGUAGCGGCCCUGGUGCCACGCGGUGUUACCGCCUGCCCUUCCUCCCUGAGGGGCCCUGAGAGAGCUCGGCAGCCUGUCGUUCUCUUGCUCCAGCUGCGAGGCUGGAGAGGGUUUCUUGUCCUCGAGCCUGUGGAUCUGCUAGCUGUCCUCCUAGCUCUGUAUGUCCACCCCAAAAACACCACAGGAGGAAAUGUGGAGGUACGUUAAUUGCUGUGUAUGCCAUGUGGCUUCCUUGGCUCAACACAAAGAUGUGGCUUUGUAGCUCACAGCCAGCAGGUCCUGCCCACGUCAUCUGCCUUUCUGAGGUGACGGUGCAGAGGCCCACACGUGCCACAGCUCACAUGGAGGAGGCAAACACCCUUUGCAUGGGAAAUGAGGAAAGUGUAAGUACAGGACUGUAAUCAAGCCAUGCUAAGAGAUCAGGAGCACAAGAAUAAUGUAUCAGUGUAGGCAGCUGUCAUGGCACAGUGGCAGCGGAUCUGCCAUCUAGCUUCUUGCUAUUUUUGAAGCAGUGUGUAAGCAGCAGGGAAAUGUUAUCUUUGGCAUAAAUUCCAUUUGAUGUGCUGACGUUCAUUCCUUUUCAUCAUGAUGCCUUCAGAUUUGUAUGCACUUUCAUAAACUGUAGGUGAUUUGAUUCAGUUUUACUAAUGAAAGUAUCCUGUUCAAAUGUUUAUGUUUUUAUCCAUGCCAAACAAAACAGUGUAACACUGUGACCCCUGCGAAGCAGCAAGGAGGACUAUUAUGUGUUCUAAUGAAAAUAGGUUUAAAAGGGGAAUAACAUUCUGCAGACAUUUUCAGCUACUUUAGGAAGAAAGUAAAUGCCAACACUUAAGCUUUCUUGGAAACUUCACCUGAAUUACAAAGACCAUAAUGCCUUCUGAUGUAAAAGAACAUCACUUCAUUUAGACUGUGUGUGUAUAUAUAUAUAUCUCUAAGCCAUAUGUUUGCUGGAUGUGCAAUAGCUUUCUUGGAACUGAAAAGGUUUAAGCUGGUGAUGUGGGGGAAAACACGAUUUCAUAGAGCUCUACUAGUAAAGCUUCAUUCAGCUGUUUACAGAGAUAAUAACUCCCUCUACAAAGUACCCAUGGACCUUGAUUGCUCUUCACAAAGCAUUAUUUUAAAUAAAAUUAACCAUAGGGUUCCAGUUUUGCUUCUUGAUUUUAGGGAAAAUCAUAUUCUCCCAUAUUGAUAAGUAAAUAGGGGCCCUAAUGUGGGAGAAUAUGAGAAAAACAUAUUAAGAUUAUUUUUUAUGAAAUACAGGAAUCAUAUCUUCAAAUCAAUAGCAGUGAGUUAUGUAUUAUCCUGGACUUAUUCUGGACUUCAAGGACUUAAAACUUUCUAUGUUUAAAAAAAAAAAUGCCCAGUUUGGCAUGUAAUGCAGCAGUUGUUUUUUUUUUUCUGUCUAAAAUGCAGACCUUACUUAAAGUUUUCUACAGAUGCCUUGAAUACACAUGCCUUGGUCUGUUUCUACACAUGCCUUGAAUAUUCAAAUAGAUUAAUUUGCACGUUCUGUUUGAAUUUAUCUUCUUAUUGGUGUAAAUCUGUAGAGGGACACUUAAACUAUUUGUGAUUGUUUCCUUUGGAGAUAAUUGCUUCAACUAAAACUAGUUAAACUAGUAGUGCUGUAACAAUAGACAAACUUGAUGGUGGGAGCAAAUAUCAAUUUCAGCUGAUCUCCUUUUGCACUGGAAAUAAAGAGUUAAGUAUCAUACUUUUUAUCACUGCAGGACUGUGAGAUUGUUAGAAGCAUGUAAUUUACUGAAACUAGAACAUCAAUAAAUAGCCAAAUUAUACUGCUGUCUGUGUAAAGAGUUACCAGAGAAAGAUCUAUUUUGGCUGUUGAUACUGAUGUACUGGGCAAAAUCAGGUGGAACUGCAGACAAAAUUCCUGUACAGGCUGGUUGAGCUACAAUGCCUAUAUAACAUUUUUGUAAUGAUGGACUUUUAUUUUUCUCUUUUCACAAGGGCUUUCUGCAGUCACAGGGGCCAGCUCCUGCUAACAGUGAUAAAACAAGGGAGAAAACCAAUUUAAAUGGGAUCAGAAGGUCAACCGCAUAAAAUAAAAUCUUAAUCUUACUGCUUCAAAGCCCUCAAAGACAAUAAUCCAUAUUGCAGCAUUGUGCCCUGAAAUAAAAAAACUCCUGUCUCAUUCAAAAUGGAAUUUCCACAAAAAGAAUAGAAAAAAAGAAAAGAAAAAAUGCAAGCAAGCAAGCAAGCAAGACAUGUCCAACUCAACACCUUUCUGAGAAAUCUUAUUUAACAAAACAGUUCCAGAGGCAGCAAUAUGAGGCACCUAGCAGGGGCUGGGAUUCCACUGGGGCUCGCAUCCUGCAGAGCACAUCAGGGCUACCAGCACCCCCUCGGGGACAGCUCCCGCCCCACGUCCUCUCACUGCAAGCUGAACUGCUCGGUGCGCUUCGGCGAGCAGGCCCAGUAACCGCUCGCCCAACAUGGAGCCGCCCAAGCCGGGAGGCGGGACCCGACCGCAGCGGGGCGGGACGCGGAAGCUCGGCCGGCCCCGGGUUGCUGCCGGCCGGGCCGGGCUGGGCCGCGGAGCUGCUAUGGGUCCUCUGCUGCUGCUCAUCUGCCUCGCCCUGCCGGCCACCAGCCGCGGGGAGCUGCGGGCCUUCGUGGUCGCCCACAGCCAUAUGGACGUCGGCUGGGUGUACACCGUGCAGGAGAGUAUGCAUGCUUAUGCAGCAAAUGUCUACACAUCUGUGGUAGAAGAACUAAUGAAAGGUAAGCAGCGCAAAUUUAUUGCUGUGGAACAGGAAUUCUUUCGGCUUUGGUGGGAUGCAGUAGCCACGGAUACACACAAGCAGCAGGUCCAUCAGUUACUUCAGGAAGGACGAUUGGAAUUUGUCAUUGGAGGGCAAGUGAUGCAUGAUGAAGCUGUGACACUAAUUGAUGAUCAGAUUUUACAGUUGACGGAGGGCCACGGGUUUUUAUAUGAAACUUUUGGGAUCAGACCUCAGUUUUCUUGGCACGUUGAUCCUUUUGGAGCCUCAGCUACAACACCAACUCUUUUUGCUCUUGCUGGCUUUAAUGCUCAUCUUAUCUCUCGAAUUGACUAUGACCUGAAGGCUGACAUGCAGAAAAACAAGAAGCUUCAGUUUGUAUGGCAGGGUUCUCCUUCCUUAUCUGAAAGUCAGGAGAUCUUCACCCAUACUAUGGAUCAGUACAGCUACUGUACCCCAUCGCAACUGCCUUUUUCAAACAGAUCAGGAUUUUAUUGGAAUGGAUUUGCAGUUUUCCCAGAUCCACCAAAAGAUGGUGUUUAUCCAAACAUGAGUCUCCCUGUUACAGAUACCAACAUCCAUAUGUACGCACAGGCCAUGGUGGCAAACAUUAAGGAGAGAGCAGUCUGGUUCCGAACAAAUGAUGUUUUGUGGCCAUGGGGCUGUGACAAACAGUUCUUUAAUGCAUCUGUUCAGUACUCCAACAUGGACCUAUUGUUGGACUACAUUAACAAGCAUUCUGAUGAGUUUGGAGUGACUGUCCAGUAUGCAACUGUUGGUGAUUACUUCCAAGCAGUUUAUAGCAGAAAUCUUACGUGGGAAAUAAGGACUUCUCAAGACUUCCUUCCAUAUUCAACAGAGCCAUUUCAAGCCUGGACUGGAUUUUAUACUUCUCGGAGCAUGUUAAAAGGAGUUGCAAGGAGAGCAAGUUCACUGCUUUAUGCUGGAGAGUCCUUUUUCACACAGUAUGUCCGGACACACCCAGCAGGUUCUAUCUGCAAACACGGAGCCCUAAAGCAGCUUCAGAGCCUUAGAUGGGCGGUUUCAGAGGUCCAGCACCAUGAUGGCAUAACAGGCACAGAGUCUCCUAAAGUGACAAACAUGUACAUGGAUAACUUGAUGUAUGGAAUGUUCAACGUCAAGAAGUUAAUGGCUUCCAUAAUCUUUGAUAUGAACAAUGCUAAGAAGAGUGGAGAGGUCUAUUAUAUUUACAAUAAAGACUCGGGAAAACCAGGUACUACAGAUACUGACCAUUAUGUCAUUGUCUAUAAUCCCCUGGCCUGGAACAUCACUACAAUUGUCACAGUCCCUGUCAACAUCUCAUCAAUGAGUGUUUAUGAUGAACUGGGACAUUCUGUACCGGCACAGAUUCAAAGUUCAGCGGAGUCCCAUUCUAUCUAUGAUCUGUAUAUUCUAGUAGAAGUAAGUGGUCUGACUUACAAAAAAUACAAUGUUAAGCCCUCUAAUGAUAAACAGUCUGCAUUUAUUGGAAGAUCAAUUAAAUACAAGCGAAAAGACAUGAUGCGUUCAGUUCAGCAAAGUCAAAAACUGCUUCCUGUGGCCAGCAAUUGCUACGAGAUUGUGUUUGACCAAAACACUAAUCUGAUGCACAGCAUUACGAACAGGGAGACUAACCAGACUGUCCAGGUGACCCAGGAGUUCCUCGAGUACCACGUGAACGGAGAUGUUACAAAAGGACCCAUUUCAGACAACUACUUAUUUGCCCCUAAUUCUUCUGCUGUUCCAGUAUCACAAGCGGUUGGACUGGAAGUGGUGUCUGGAAACUUAGUGACAGAGAUACGGCAAUACUUCUUCAGCAAUGUUACUGCUCAGUAUUACACACAUGCAGUAUUUACAAGGAUGUAUUCAGUACCAGAAGGCUAUGAUGCGAAGUUGCUUUGUCAUAGGAUAGAGCAAGAAUACAGUAUUGGACCUUUGGAAGUAAAUCGUGAGGCAGUUCUAAGAACAAGCACAAAUUUGAACACUGGGCAGCUGCUCUACACUGAUGACAAUGGAUUUCAGAUUCAGAAGAGACCAUUCAAGGCAUAUGUGAAUAAUACAGCAGCGCGGAACUAUUAUCCUAUGGUCCAGACUGCCUACAUUGAAGAUGAUACCACAAGGCUGGUGCUGCUUGCAGAAAGAGCUCAUGGUGUCUCAAGUCAAGGGAACGGACAAGUGGAGGUGAUGCUUCACAGGAGACUAUGGAACAAUCUUCAGUGGGACCUAAAUUACAAUCUUACUUUGAAUGACUCUUCAGUGGUUCGUCCUGUGUUUUGGCUUAUUUUAGGAACAAAGUCUGCCACCAGUGUUUUGUAUCGGACAAGUGGCCUAGCAUUACAGCACAGGCCAGUUGUAAUGUUUGGAACGUUUUCAGGAGAUAAACCAGAGCUACCUGGGCAACUUCAGAAGAGAUCAGCCCACAGUUUUUCUGUCACUGUCCCACCUAAUCUUCAUCUCCAGACUCUGAGCAUUCCAGGGUGGAGAUACAGCUCUAAUCAUGCAGAGCAGGUCCGCGCCAUUCACAUGGGUAAACAGAAGCAAGGUGAUGCAGACUUCAGUCGUGUCCUGCUGAGAAUUAGACAUCUGUAUGAAGUUGGAGAGGAUCCUGUGCUGUCUCAGCCUGUGAUGGUGAAUCUGAAGAGUUUGCUGAAAGAACUGGGAUCAGUGAAGUUAGUGGAAGAGCGAUCACUCACAGGCACCUGGGAUGUGAACACUUUGAAGCGGUGGAAGUGGAAGACUGUGCAAAAUCGAAGCAAAGGAUUCUCCAAUAGUACAAAGAUCCCAGACGACUUUACUGUAACUGUUCACCCAAAGGAAAUAAGGACUUUCUUUGUGUAUUUUCAAGAUCAGUAAAGUCUGACUUUGUUUCAGGACUGAAUGUGUAAUUGCUUUCCAUUUUUGUUUGAAAACAUAAAUGAUGGUCUUGAAGGAUAUUCUGCUCCUGUCAAUGAAAAGAAUGUCAUUUUGGAAUAAACUCUAAAUUUAAUUGAA